AUGAUUCUCUCAACGAAAAACAUAUGCAUGGUGCAUUUCACGCUGCUGAACGCGAUCAGCUACAAGCUCCUGACCAGUCCUCAGGAUAUCUCGCGACACGGUCUGGUUUUCAUCAUAGGAAGAGCAAUGAGUCUGCCCGAUGCAGAAUUCACCAAAGACGACCCGGCGGUUGGAAUGAUUGCCGUCGUACUCAUGCAGCUAAGUGUGGUAGACAUCUCAGCAUACAUAGAUCCAACUACGACAUUUCUUGGGAUUGCUGUACCGUUCCGAUUGAUGCUAGCGUUUGUAGUUAGCGGGGCUGCUUAUCUUUCGUCCGGUGACAAUAUCGCGCUGUCGAACUCGGUCGUGUUUACAUUUGCGUUUAUUGAGGUGCUUAUGCAGUUCUGGCUCUUUGUUUCAGUGCGCGAAGACCGAUCUAGGCUCAUUCGUGAGCAGGCGCCUAGCGAGUGA